AAAGAAGAGGAGCUUGGAUCAGUUCUAACUUCAGAAAGGAAAAGUGAGAUCAAGCAAGAGUCGCCAGUCUUGAACCACAGCAAACUUCAAGAUGACUCCAGCAAUCUUCCUAGCAGACUUUUGUUGACUGAGUUUAGAUCAUUGGUUGUCAGCCAUCCAAGACAGAACAGUCAGCUUACUGGAAAUAACAGCUACGGGGGAAAGAGAAAUUUCAAAAUGUUCAAAAAGGUAGCUUAUCCAGGGGCAGGACAAAUUCCAUACAUUAUUGGAGGAUCAGAUUUGAUUGCUCACCAUGCUAAAAAGAAUUCAGAGCUAGAAGACUGGUUAAGACAAGAAAUGGAGGAACAGAACCGACAUGCAAGAGAAGAAUCACUUGCUGAUGAUCUAUUUAGGUAUGAUCCUAAUGUGAAAAGGAGAAGAUAAAUUCUGACCUGAAUCUAAAGUGAUUCUCUAGCAAAAUCUGCUUUCUGUUCCUUAGGUGUGCUGGUUACAGUGUGUAAUGAUUGUUCAAGCUAUCUGUUAUUGUAAGACUUGUUUUUAAGUCUUGCUUUU